AGUACGUUAAUAUUUAUUUGGCUAAUUGUACGUGUAUAAAUACUUCGUUUUACAAGUCUGUUGUUUAAAUUUGUGUGUGUUGUCAGCUUCUUCAUCGUCUAGUCAAAACAUUGGUUCAAGCUCAUCUAUGACGUCAAGUUCUCAUUCUGAUGCAUCAAGCAAAUCGGAAGUAUCUGAAGAAUCUAGUAGCAUGAGUGAGUCCGAAACUAAAGUGUCCAGCUCGUCAUCCUUUUCAAGUUUUGAAACAUUCGUGGAAACUGUUUCAUUUGACAUUACCACAACGGAAUAUACAUCGUCUGAUUUUAGUGAGGACACAACGUUGGAGCAAAUGGAAGUUGGAAGUUUGAUUGCACCAGGUCAAACUAUUGUGAUGGGAAUUAUUGUCAAGCCAGACUUGUCCACUCUCCCAGUUCAAGGAUGCAUGGCUGAGGGUUGUUACCCAUUGCUGAGCAUGGGAAUGUAUGUAGAAUGCGUGCCGAUGGCUGGCAGCGGAUUUCGAUCAAUAUAUAGGAGUUGUCCGAUAGGAUAUAUUUUCGAAGUUACUGCUGGAGCUUGCAUUCACACAGGCGCUAAGAAUGUUUUGCGGUCAGAUUUGGGUUUCAGACUUGGUCCUGGACCUAACCAACCCCUAACAAUACCUGGAGAACAACCUUUUAUAGAGUUGUCCCAGUUCCCUGAAUUUUCUACCCAAUGUGCGGUCGCAGGGAUAAAUUCUUUUGGAUUGGACGACAGGUUCUUUGUUCGUUGCCCAAACGCUGGAGUACUAGGCGAGUUACAACGAUGCCCUUAUGGAUAUUUCUUUAGUGCAAGUCGAAUGAAUUGCCUGUCUUGGCAUGAAAUUCGAAAAACACUUCCUACAAUUUUACCACCAACACAAGGAACACGAGUUUCUUCAGCUUCGCCAAUGUUCAUUCUACCAGAAUGCACGGCUCCAGGAACCUUUCCAUAUCCUGAUUACCGGUUUUAUUACACAUGCAAAUCCGUGGAGGGUUCUGGUUUAUAUUUCAGUCAAAAUUUAUGGCAAUGUCCUCAUGGUCUUUUCUACAAUUCAAUGUAUCGUACAUGUGCAAAGGCAUCCACGUUCGCUGGUCAUCAGCCUGCAUAUUCCUGGGGCGGCGUUACUACUCACUGGUCUCUUGCUCAAAAAAUGGAUUUGAAAUCAGGAAUAGCAGUUCUUGUGGCAUCGGUUCCAUACCAUGUUCCCGUGUCAAAUAAAGAAGGCAAAUUUCCAUUGGUGGAUAUCAAAUACUAUUACACCACGUCGAGACUCCCAAAUGGAAGAUUUUCAACAAAAUUGUUCGUCUGCCAUUCUGGAUUUUUUUUCAGCACGAAGCGUGGACAUUGCUUGCCAAGCUUUUUACACGAAUACGUUAUCGCCGGUUCCAGUUAUAAACUUGGCGUCAACCUUGGUCUACAAUUGAAUAUAGAGCUAAGUGGGGCAAGCUUUAUCAGCGGCGCUGGAAUUGGAAUACAUAAUCAUAAACUUGCAAAGCUAAGCGUUGGAAAUUCGAAUAUCGUAAACGACCCUAAAGACGUAUUUGGAUCACCUAUUUCUCCAGAUAUUCUAGCAUUUGACCUCGCCCCAUGUUUGUCUGCUGGGUAUCAUUCACUCCCAGACUACAGGUAUUAUUACACAUGUUUUGGAAAAACUCGUUAUGGUCGUGAUAAAGGAGACGACUCUAAGGAAAACUCGAUAGAAGAUUCUCACAAGAACGCUCCUCCAGCGGACGAGAACGAAGAGGAUGAAUAUUCCCGUACCGUAUAUCAAUGUCCAGAGAGUUUAUAUUACAGCGAAAAGUAUGGAUUUUGUGUAGCGCCCUAUCUCCAUCAUUUUAUUGGGAUUGGUCAUGAGGAAAGGUAUCUUUGGGGAGGUCAUCGAAUUCACCAGAAUUUACACGUAAAUAGCCUAGGAAUGGAAUGGACUGAAACAGCACUUCCUUGGAUUAUACCUCAGUGUGAUAAAGAUGGAAAGUUUGGCAUCAGAGAUCCACGCUACUACUAUUCGUGUACAGGAGUAAUAAAGAAGGUCUUUUUGUGUCCUACAAACUCUUAUUUCAACCAGAAAACUGGAACUUGUACCCCAAUUGCACAGUGUAAUUGCUGGUAUCAGGUGGGCUAUGUUUCUGACCCAUAUCCCAUUUCCGGCUUUGGGAACAUGAACAUUCAAAUACACUUGGACAGAGCUUACCUCCUCCUACUUCGAAGGAUUACCCAAACUGGGAUACAACGAGCGACAAUGAUGGGUCGACGAGAUGGAAAAGAUUUAACUCUUAUAAAACGCCUAAUAUGUUUCUGGAGAGAAAUGGAAAAGAUGAGAACCCUCCGUUACCCAAAUACUCAGCCACAACCUCAAAUGAUUUCUCCCAUAGGAAUCGGAAAUGAAAACCAUCCUCAUGCUCCGGAUCCGCGCAAAAAUCCUGGAAUCACUCGAAACUUUGGUUGAUAAUGGCACCACUUCUUCGUCCGUAUUUAUAACUCAAAACCAUUGUGUGAUAAAUUAAUGAUAUAAAAUUAUUCCAUAAUAAUUGAAACUUUUAACAAAUGUUGUAGUAUGUAUAUGCAUCAACACCUACGAGAGUUUAAUUUUAGUUGGUAGUUAAAUUGAUCCAAUCGCCUUAGUCGCAGCCUACAACGAGUCGAUUGAAUCAAGGUGAUUUACAAAUAUUUCGGUUUAUUUUUAUCAGAUUUAUAAGUUAAUGUUAAUGCUAGUUAAGUUUUGUGUACAACUUAUAAUGAAAAAUUCGCAUUGAGAUGUUCUCUUUUGUUGCUACUACCCGACAUAUUCUUAGUAUAGUAUAUCUUUGUAUUUACAAAAAUUAACGAUUCAAUAAAUUAUGUGCAUCCCAUUUUGAGGAGGUGGAAGAGACAUUAAUUACUUUGACGGUAAGCAUAACUAUUGCAUAUUAUUUAUCUACUUACAAGCCGGUAAGUAGGCUAUCAACAUGAGAUAAAGAGG